AUGUCGAGCAUCAAGCCUCCUUUCACCGCUGAGACAGCCCGCCAGAAGGUCAAAGUUGCUCAGAACCUCUGGAACACGCGCGAUCCUGCCAGAGUUGCGCUUGCAUACACGCCGGACACCAUCUGGCGCAACAGGGCCGAGUUCAUGCAUGGUAGGGAAGAGGUCGUCAAGUUCCUGACGAAGAAGUGGGAGAAGGAGGACGGCUACGUCCUUAGGAAAGAACUCUUUGCGUUUCUGGAUAACAAAAUUGCUGUGCAGUUCUGGUACGAGUGGUACGAAAGCAAGGACGGACAGAAGCAGUGGUACCGCACGUACGGUCUAGAGGACUGGACGUUCGCCCCUGACGGUCUCAUGCAGAAGCGCCAGAUGAGUGGCAAUGAUGUUCCGCUCACUGAAGAAGAGCGAUGGUUCAAGCCGGGCGUGGACAUCGAGGCCGUCGAGCUCACAGACAAGCACUAUUAG